CACACACACUAAAGAAUACAACCUCUUACAUUUUUUUUUCCUUUUACUCAUGUCUAUUACAAUGGAUAGUGAAGAACAUCAUAGACUAAGCGAGAAAGAAGCAGCAACAACAACAACUUCGCCGUCUCAUGAAUUCUCCUUCACAAUCUCUCUACAUCCAUCUCCAAAUUCCAAUCCAACUUCUAUCAAAUAUAGUAAGAACAAUCCUACUUUUGCUAUAGACUUAGCUCCUGCAGAUGAUAUCUUCUUUCAUGGCCAUCUUCUUCCUUUACAUCUCUUGUCAAGCACCUCAAUAUCUCCUCGUCCUUCAGACUUCUCCAUCGAAAACCUUAACCUUCCUCUCGACUCUACCGAUGGCAAUCAAAGCCAAAAAUACGAAACUUAUAACAACAACAACAACAUGCUGAUAAAUGAAGCCAAUGAAACUAAAGAAAAGUUCAAGCCUAAGAACUUAUCUUCUUCACUCUUUGGCUUAGGCAAGUGGUUACUAAAAGCCGGCGGUGGAGGUGAGAAACAUGAGAGUGGAAAGACAAAGAAGAAGAAGGUGUUAGAUUUAAGCCGAGUAUUCAAAAGAUAUGUGAGUGCUAUAGAGCUUUUGUUUACAUUUAGAAGUGAUAAAGAAAAGCAAAGAUUACCACCACGGCCAUAUUCUUUCUCUGGUAAUAUUAGUGUAAAAGAUAAAGAGGUUUGGCGUAAAAGACGAGGUGAGUUAUCAGCUCCGGCAUCGAUGAGGACUUCACCGACGAAUAGUGGACUUCUUGUGGCAACUUCAUCGGUGUUUUCUAGUUCUGAUGAGAGUACAAUGGAAGAGCUGCAGAAUGCUAUUCAGGCUGCCAUUUCUCAUUGUAAGAAUUCUAUUGCUGUGAGUGAAGAGAAAUGUAUAUGUUAAAUAUGUUAUAUAUAUAUAUAAUGUUCUUUUUAAUUAUUUUGUUUCUUUUUUUUCUUUAAUUUUCAUCUCUUUAUUUUUUUGUUCUUAUUUUGUAUGAAAGUUGGAGAGGAUAUUGAGUGUUGGAAUUAGAAGUGAGAGUGGUGUUGUUUCUU